GAAGAAGAAGGACGCGGAAGAGGCUUACACGAAGGAGGAAACGUGCUGUGCGAUCCCACGGCCUGUCAUCUAGAAAGUUCUGGCGUACUCCUGAAUUUGGACACGACAGCGCAUGUAAACACUUCACACGCUGAGGUGAGACCGCUAAACGACAAAAAUGUCUGUUAUUUCCGAGGACAAUGUUCGAGGCGGGAGCCUUUUCAAGGAUAUUAGCGCCGACGACGAAGACUGGCAGCCCACUGAGAUCGAGAGCUUGUGUAUGAACUGCUACCAGAACGGUACCACACGACUGCUUCUGACCAAAAUACCUUUCUUUAAAGAAGUCAUCGUCAGUUCUUUCAGCUGCAAUAAGUGCGCAUGGUCAAACACUGAAAUCCAGUCUGCAGGUCGCAUUCAAGAACAAGGAGUUUGUUACACGCUGCGAGUGAAAUCUAAACAAGACCUGAACCGGGAGGUUGUGAAAGCAGACAGUGCGACCACCAGAAUCCCUGAGCUGGAUUUUGAAAUCCCCCCCUACACCCAGAAAGGCUCGCUUUCUACCAUUGAGGGGCUUUUAGACCGAGCGGUGGCAGGGCUUGAGCAAGACCAGGUAGCCCGCCGAGCAGCUGACCCAGAGGUGGCUGACAAAAUAGAGGAAUUCGUCCAGAAGCUGAAGAAGCUAAAAGAGGUUGAAGACGAAUUCACGCUGGUGAUUGAAGAUCCAUCUGGGAACAGUUUUGUGGAAAACCCUGUUGCCCCGCAAAAGGAUGAGGCUCUCGCUGUGACCCGGUUCAAGCGGACGGCCCAGCAGGAUAUGCAGCUGGGAUUAAGGGCCGAUGACGACCUGGAGGAAGAACCGGCAGGUAAUGACCUGGAAACCAUGAGAAAUGAGGUUUUGGCCUUCAGCACAAACUGCCCAGAGUGCAACGCGCCAGCCGCGACCAACAUGAAGCUCGUCCAGAUCCCUCACUUCAAGGAGGUCAUCAUCAUGGCCACUAACUGCGACGUCUGCGGCCACCGGACCAACGAGGUGAAAUCAGGCGGAGCCACUGAGGCGCUCGGCACCAAGAUCACCCUGCAUAUCACAGACGCUUCAGACAUGACCCGAGACGUGCUCAAGUCGGAGACGUGCUCCAUCGAAAUUCCAGAGGUGGAGUUCGAGGUAGGGAUGGGAGCUCUGUCUGGGAAGUUCACCACUCUGGAGGGCCUGCUGACCGACAUCAAAGACCUGACCGUCUCCAAAAACCCCUUCAUCUGCGGUGACAGCGGCAUCGUAGAUCGGGUGAGGAAGCUGAGCGAGUUUGGAGAGAAGCUAGAUAAAAUCAUGGCAGCAGAAAUGGAUGCCCACAUCAUCCUGGAUGACCCUGCAGGGAACAGCUACUUGCAGAACGUGUACGCUCCUGACCCAGACCCCGAGAUGACUAUUGAGAAGUACACCCGCACAUAUGAGCAGAAUGAAGAUCUCGGCUUGAAUGAUAUGAAGACUGAGGGAUAUCACGACGAGAACGGAACUGCCAAGAGCACCUGAAAGGACUAAAUGAGUCAAUGAUUGCUUUGUCACAAGCCCAGUGUAAUUAUAUUGCUCCUGCUUAUCUGCUCAUUUCAUGUAUUUUAAGUUAAAAACUGGGUGAAUGGUUGUUUCCAUGCAUAAUUGAAUCAGUGAGAGCAAUUCUAAGUUUAAAUGUACAGUGAAGAUAUACAUAAAAGCAUGUAGUUAACUUGAUUUGUACAAUAACAAACAGUAGAUGCAGCUGUUAUUAAAGACAAAUCCUUCAACUCAUUGCAUUCUUGUAACAUCCCAGAAGAUGGUGCUGUUAUGUCUGAUUAAAAUAUUUUUUUUUCUUCCA